CUUCUUGCUAUCGGAAUCACUUUGGAAUAGAACCGUUUUUAAAAGGCGGUGUAUUGUAGUUUUGUUCCUGUAAGCAAUCCAUUUACAGCCGAGGACCGGGCUAACCAGGAAAAGAAGGCCUUGAGGUCUGAUUAAAACUGUACCACAACCUGGAGGAAGCAGUGGAAAAGAUCCUGAGUCACCUGAACUGAACGAAUGGUGAUUCAGUGAGUCAGAGGGAAAGGAUACUAAGUAAGGAAGCCUUGGUGAGGUUUCUAUUCCAGUUUCUGAGUGAUAGAAAGCUGAGUGCUACGUAUUAUCCAUACUGGGUGAUUUAGGAUUUAGGAUAACAUGAAGAUCUCAGAAGGUGUAUUGGACCUGGGCACUACGGACUACACAGUGACCCUGGACCCGAGCUACACCAUGCUGGAGUUUGACAGUCUGAGAGUGCUGCCAGUGGACACAGAGCUACUGAGGCCUGAGCCUUCACCUGUAGCCUCAGCUGGGCUGCCCCAGGCCAGCAGCAGCCUUUGCUCCAUCUGCGCCGAUAAGGCUACCGGAAAACACUACGGUGCUUCAAGCUGUGACGGCUGCAAGGGCUUUUUCAGACGGAGCGUCCGCAAGAACCAUGCCUACACAUGCAGGUUCAGCAGGCAGUGUGUGGUGGACAAAGACAAGAGAAACCAGUGUCGAUACUGCAGGCUACGCAAAUGCUUCAGGGCUGGCAUGAGGAAAGAAGCCGUGCAGAAUGAGCGAGACAGAAUCAGCUGCCGUAGAGAAGGCCAGGGAGUCGGCACACUGACCAUCGGCGUAUUACUGAAAGCAGAGGAGAGCACACAUCAGUACUCCCCCCUGGCUCCCGCAGUGUGUAACAUUAGCAAUAAGAAGAUUGCACGCCCAGCUGAUGUGUGCGAAUCCAUAAAGCAGCAGCUGCUCCUCCUGGUGGAAUGGGCAAAACACAUCCCUGAGUUCUGUGAGCUAUCUGUGGAGGACAGGGUAUGCCUGUUACGAACUCACUCUGCUGAGCACCUCAUCCUUGGAGUGGCUCGUCGUUCACUUCCCUACAAUGACGUCAUCUUGCUAGGCAAUAAUUUCAUUAUUCCCGUGAGUGGCCCGGAGCGGGAGAUGUCCAAAAUUGCAGGGCGUGUGCUGGAGGAACUGGUCAGGCCCCUGAGAGAGCUGGACAUCACUGACACAGAGUUUGCUUGUCUAAAAGCCAUCAUCUUCUUCGCCCCAGACUGCCCAGGGCUGGAGUGUUCUCAGAUGGUGCGCAGGCUGAGGUUCCAAGCCCAUGUGUUGCUGGAUGAAGCAACCUGUGAGCAGCGUGGACGCUUCGGAGAGCUGCUGUUGCUCCUGCCCCCGUUACAGAGCAUGGCCUUGCACAUGGUGGAGCAGCUCCAGUUGGCCCGGCUCCUGGGAGAGGCCAAUAUGGACAGCCUACUGCAGGAGAUGCUGCUGGGAGAGUCAGCUACAGGCUUAAAUUCGGAAGUGCUGAGUUUCAGCCCAGCUCCAGAAGCAGUUCUGCACGGGAACACACAGCCAGACCACGUCUCACUGCCUAACCUCACAUCGGUUAUUCUACCUGUACCAACCUAUUCCUUGCUCUCCUCACAGCCUGGCACCCAGCUGUACGCACAUGGGCAAGCUUCAGAAAUGCCACUGGAUAUUGACAACUGCCUCUCCAAGCCUGCCGUCCACACAUGUCUCUAGAUACAACUGAAGAUACUCACACUUGACAUUAUCUACUCACUGAGCAUCAUUGUCAUAUACUAUACAGUGUACAUUAGAUGGCAGAUUCUAGUCACAGUAAAUACAGACACUGUAUUAUGCAAAAGUUGACACCCAUUAUCCAAUUCCAAUUUUUUCCAAUAUUUUAAAGUCAGCGAAGAACAGUAAUAUUGCAUUUAAAAUAUGCAGAGGUUCAUUUUAUGUAGAUGAUGUGUCAACUCAUUUUUUAACUUGUUGUUUAAGGCUGUACAGAUAAAUGAUAGAUCUGUAUCAAACACCUUACUAUUACACCUUAAUAAAUAUUGACAUACUGUCAGUCUUAAGAUUUCAA